CUGCAGGAGAAAGGUUCCUCCUGUCCCGCUGUCACCAUGGAGACUGAACGCUGCGGCGCGGAGCCCUUGUGGAUCUCGGAGGUGCUCAGGGCCCUAACCGGAGCCGUGCAGAGCUCAGUGGCGCCUCCUAUCGUCUGGUUCAAAGAAAACAGCCAACGGAAUUUGAAGAGCCGGGACUUUCUGGUGCCCAGGGGAGCGCUACAGAAAAUCUUCCCAGAUGGAGAGGUUCCUGAAGACCUUAUACACAAGUUGUCAUCACUCUGUGCUCCAGGAGUUCCCCCCAUCCAAAGCUGUCGGCAGACGGAAGCCGGGCUCGUCAUUCAGUUGGACCGGCCGGCUGUUUUCCAGCGUGUGCUCUCAGACUUUUAUCCGUAUCUGAAAGCUGUGAGCUCGGCCUCAGACAGCGGGCACAAUGUGGUUAUACUGAACUGCACCCCUCUGCAUUGCUGUGAGGGUCUGGACGCGCUCAAACUAAGCCACUUAAGAGCUGUUUUGGUUACAGAUCACCUGGCAGAGGUGCUCAGAUUAAAAGGAAAACAAGUCCAUCUGAUCCCUGCGGUGCAGAAUACAGAACUCAAAGUCUUCUUGCAGCAGCUAGGGGUCUCCUGGCUCUCUGUAUUGGAAGCACCUCCAGCGGAGGAGACGGUUUCAUCUUUCCAACAGCGCCUGAAGCCAUAUAUUCACGUAGGAGACAGCGAUGCCAAUCAUCCUCUACCCCGGGAUGAGCCGCUGCCCCCAGAUUUUCUCAGCAUCCGGUUAAAACCCUUUGCAGAGGAGCGGAAGCUGUGUCUGGAGGGAUACGACCCAAACCUGGACGUUUUUCUCGUGAGUAAGGGGGACUUGGCACACGUGGCAAACGUGCAAAGAUCUGUCCAAAGAACCCUGGACAAGGGACCCUGCGCUGUGAUACACGUGGUGAGCUGCGAGGAGGAGUUCCACCAGCAGAAGCUGGAUCUGCUCUGGAGGAUGGUGGAUCCAGGAGCCAAUUCAGUCUUACAGAAACAUCUCAUUUGUGGGCCGGUGAAAGUCUUGAACCCAUCGACUCCGGUCAGCUGCUCCCAGUACUUCCAUCUCCGAAAGUCACAGAUGCGCGAAGCCUCCGUCAUGAAGUACGGCGAGAGUGUUCAAGGUAGCAGCUGGGAAGAAAUUAUCAACUCUUUAACGGCAGCAGCCAUCCGGUUUGAGAUGAUGUCUACACCUCACCGCAGCCAGGUGUCUCUGGACUUAGAAGAUGCCAGCAUCACUACCAAAGGAACAAAGAGCGGGGCUUUCGUGAUGUAUAAUUGUGCUCGCCUGGCCACCAUGUUUGAAAGCUACAACAGUGCGGUGACUAAAGGCUUGUAUCCAGAAUUUCCCCCAUCGGCAGAACUAAGCUACAACACACUAACUGAAGAGGGAGAAUGGCUUUUGCUGUUUAAUUAUAUCAUGACUUUCCCAGAGGUUCUGUCUCAUUCUGCAAAAAUAUCACUAAAGUCGCCUGGGAUCCGGGUCACGGCCAACACAGAGACGGUUUGCAAAUUCCUUGUGAACCUCAGCAUGGAUUUUAGUUCUUAUUAUAACAGAGUGCACAUUCUCGGGGAGCCCCUGCCGCAUCUCUUCCGACAGAUGUUUGCCCGGCUGCAGCUGAUGAGGGCCGUUGAGAGUGUUCUGCAUUCAGCCCUGGGCACCCUGCAUAUCCUACCCCUAACACAGAUAUAACACGGGGGUCCCGGAGCUGGGGCAGUUUGGGUGCAUGUGAUGCAUGCCAAUUACUAAACAAUGCAAGACAAGAAGCUGCCUUCAAAGCAUCGGGGACAUUUAUGUUUACAUUUUGUGCCAAAGAGAACGCGCAGACUGAAAGCCCUCAGUACGAAGCGACGCGUUCCUAGACCCACUGACGGGUGGCCAAUAGGUGGCAGCCAUAAUAUUGUUUUUGGGUUUUUUUCCCCCCAGUUUGUUGCUGGCACCUCUGGCACUAAAUGGGUUAAAUACUUUAUGGUUAUCAGCGUUUCAUUCACAUGCCCAUUUAGAGAACUAGAAGGAAAGUUUUAACGUUCAGGGGGGGGUGUUUGUUUAUCUCUCCUGUGCGCAAUGCGCAGGUUCUGUGUUCAGGGAGCAGAUUUUAUUGGUAUUGGAGGCUUGCGUAAAAAUGAGUAAAUAAAUGCAUUUGUUC